UUUUCCCCAACUCUUUUCUCUCCGAUUUGAAUUAAAUGUUUAAAUUUGUUUUUUCUUCCUAGAUUUCGUUUUUGAUUGUGGAAGGUUGGGGUGUUUAUGAUGAGCUUGUUUCGAUUAUUUCUGGUAGUCUUUUUUCGAUUUUUUCUUCUUUUUAAUCUUUUUUUGGGUUAGUUCUGUUGUUUGAUGUUGGGAUCCGGUGUUCUAGGGUUUGAUUUGAGUGAUUUAUUGUGUCUACCAAUGUGUUUUUUGAACUUUGGCAGUUUCUUUGUGAUUGAGAUACAAAAAAGUUUGGAUCUUGCGCUGGUUUGGUUUGGAUCUCCUCUUUCUGGGAGUUCAAUGAGUGUUUUUGAACUUUAUUAGUUCCAGAGUGUCUGGUGAUUUGUGAGUUUGAUCUUCGUUUUAUUUUUUCAAGUUAUGGGUUUGUGGUUACGGGGUUUGAGCUCGGGGUAAAAUCUGUCUUUUCGCCUUUCUUUUGUGUAUCAUAGUAUUGCUUGCCCAAAAAUUAAUUAACUUCUGAAAGAAAUAUGAGUUGCCGAACCUGUUGAGCUUUCUACAUGAUGCAAAGCUCAGGUUCUUGAUAGAGUUCUCUUUCUUGGAAGGAGAUCCGUGUGUUCCUUCUUUGGGAUGUCCUGUUGAGGAAUUGGAUUCCUUUGCAGGAACUUGAUGUUGUUUUAGCUGAUUCCCCCCUUAGGAUCUGGAACUUCAACAAUUGAAAUAUGAUCAUGUGAUUUUGGUGGAUGAUAGGCUGGUGGUGAUUGUGAUAUUUUGUAUCAUGGAAAAGAUCAAUGAAGUUUUGAGAUAUUUCAACCAGAAGUAAACAGCUCGCUGGAAAUUCAUUUUUCUGCUUAACAUCAGCUGUUCUUCCAAUAGGAUUUUAUCUAUGAAAUGUUGUCAAAUAUGCUGAGAAUGCAGUAGCCUCUUGACCAUAAGUUCAUCUCUGAUCAAAUCAGUGUCCCAGUCAUGGACCGGGCAGACACAUCAGGCUUUGUCAGCGGUGGAAGCUGUUGUGAAUUAAGAUUUGAUACUUAUUUCCAUUUUAUUUAUAUAUCAGUAGACUAGUUUCUCAUUCUGUGGUGAAGUUUUAACAAUGCACUGUUAGGAGAUUGACAAGUGUGUUCUGCUCCAACUUCUUCCUAGAUCCACCAUAAUCGAUUUCUCCUGCACCCUUCACAUUAAGCAGAAUGGAUCUUAACAUGACCGAGGUCUUCUUAUAUGGAACGGAACCUUUGAUGAUUACUUCAGGCACACAAACAGCUCACAUUUCCACUAGUGGCAAGAACGACAACUUGGGUGAUACCACUUUGCAUCUUGACUGCCUUGGCUAUGGAAUUAACAACACCUGUAGAAGAGUCCAUUCUCAGAGCAAUUCUGAUCUUUCUUCUCAGGAUGAUGGAUGUAAACUGGUCCUUGGACUGGGUCCAACUCCAAAUAUCUAUUCUGCUGAUUAUUAUCCAUCUGGAAUUAACAAAGCCAAACAAUCUAUGAGCUUAUUUAGCCAGCGUUUUCCCGGACCAGAUGCUGCGAUGUUAAAGCUGGGACUUUCACGAGGGAAUUCAGAAAGUAUCCCAGCCCCGGCCGAGAGCAAUCGUGAAACUCCAUCACCUGCUGCCAAAAGAUGCCUCCCCGUUCCAAUUGUUGAUGAGGGUUCCACUUCAGCCAAGAGGAAAUCAGGUGGAUAUAUGCCUUCUCUACUGUUUGCUCCAAGGCUGGAGAGUCUUAAUACUAUGGAAACCGCACCGGAAACCGCAGAACUGUUAGAUCAGGGAAGUGAAGGAAGUACCCAUAAGCAUCACAGUUCUCAUCAUGAGCUUCAGUUCAGUCCUGAGCCUUCUGCCACAACUGAUGGUUCCUUGAGUGCAAUGUCUGAGCCCAUGAUUGCUGCCUCCGAGGCUGCUGAUACAAGGAGUCACCACCAUCAUCUGAAGAAGUGCAGAUUCAAUGGAUGUUCUAAAGGUGCAAGAGGGUCAUCUGGACUCUGCAUAGGUCACGGAGGUGGACAAAGGUGCCAGAAACCUGGCUGCAACAAAGGAGCUGAGAGUCGAACAGCAUACUGCAAGGCCCAUGGUGGAGGGAGGCGGUGCCAGCAGCUUGGAUGCACUAAGAGUGCAGAGGGGAAGACGGACUUCUGCAUUGCUCAUGGUGGGGGCCGUCGGUGUGCUCAUGCAGGGUGCACCAAAGCAGCCCGUGGCAAAUCCGGGUUGUGUAUCAGGCAUGGUGGAGGAAAGAGGUGCACGGUAGAGGGGUGCACCCGUAGUGCUGAGGGCCAGGCGGGGUUGUGCAUCUCCCAUGGAGGGGGUCGCCGAUGCCAGUUCACAGGCUGUUGCAAGGGUGCGCAGGGGAGCACCAUGUUCUGCAAGGCCCAUGGCGGGGGUAAGAGGUGCAUCUUUGAAGGGUGCACAAAAGGGGCAGAGGGGAGCACUCCAUUAUGCAAGGGCCAUGGCGGGGGCAAGAGGUGCCGCUUUGAGGGGGGCGGUGUCUGCCCAAAGAGUGUCCAUGGUGGCACUGAUUUCUGUGUCGCUCAUGGAGGAGGGAAGCGAUGUGCUGUGCCAGCAUGCACAAAGAGUGCCCGUGGCCGCACUGAUUGCUGUGUGAGGCAUGGUGGGGGGAAACGGUGCAAGUUUGAGGGAUGUGGGAAGAGUGCCCAGGGGAGCACCGAUUUCUGUAAGGCCCACGGUGGAGGAAAACGCUGCACCUGGGGCCAGGGGUGUGAGAAGUUUGCUAGGGGGAAGAGCGGUCUUUGUGCGGCCCAUGGGAGCUUGGUGCUCUCUCAGCAGGAGCGUGAGGCUGGGAAGAGUGGGAGCAUGAUCGGGCCUGGUCUCUUCCAUGGCAUAGUCUCUAUUUCAACAACUGUGGGAAGCAGCAUCGACAACGAGCACCCAUCUUCAGCCAUGAGCACCUUAUGGGACUGUGUCGAGUCGCAGGAGAGUCUGGGGAGGAUGCAGCUAAUACCAUCUCAGGUGUUGGUUCCGCUCUCUAUGAAAUCCCCCUCGCAGUCAUCUGGGCUCACUGAUGUAGGCAGAGAUGGAGCAGGGAGCCAGAAGAAGAGCUUUGGAUUUGUGAUCCCUGAGGGAAGAGUGCAUGGUGGUGGCUUGAUGUCUUUGCUUGGGAGGAAUCUAAAUGAUGCUUUAGGUGGGAGGGUGUGAGCUUUGUCAGAGGGAUAAUGUUCUAAAUAACGCAACUGUCCUAUUGGGGGGGAUAAAAGGGGGUUGAUUAGAAUUAGAUGUCUAUGUUAUAGGGUCCUGUAUUUGUCGUUUCAAGCUCUAUGAUGUCCUGUCUGGUUUGGUUGUGUUAGCUUCACUAUGUCAAAGUACAUGGGUUAGAAUCGUGUUUGAUACAUACGUGAUGUAAUGAAUUCUGAAAGCUUUCAAUCCUCCAAGCUUUCAGACUUUCAAUUCUUGUUAAUUAGGGUGUUUAGUGAUUCAACUGAUGAUUCUGUUCCUCUGGAUUGUUUGAGGAUUCCCAUUUGAAUUGUUUGUUUAUUA